UACUGUGACAUACUUCUAGAAAUGAAAGUUCCUUUUGCAAUAUUACUCCUUGUAAUUGUAACAAACUUUUUCAUAGUCGAAGGGCACAGAAAUAAAGUGAAAAAUCAUAAUUUGCCAGAUGACCACCAACAGCAUCAUCCAAGUCGUCAUCAUGGACACAAUCUGCGUGCACAACGAAAGAAACAUUUAUUUAAGAGAAGAAAUGCUGCAACACAAAACAAUGAUGCCAUGCAAAAUGUCGAACAUAGGGCGUUGCCCUUGGCCAUUCACAUAGGUCUUGUAUUAGUUCCAAUACUCAUUAAUUUAUUUACACCCCCGUCAAGGCCACCGCCGCGUCCACCGCCACCCAGACCCCCACCACCGAGGCCAACGACAAGGCCGACGACAACGAAACCAACACUACCAACAAAGUCGACAACGGAAUACGAUAGUAACGCUGAUUGGUAUCCUGAUUAUACAAAAGAAAGUGAUUCGAGCUCGGAAUCUUAUUCUACAGAAGAUGCACAGCCAUUUGGACGUAAAAAAUAACUUGCUUUAAGUUUACGAUUAUAAACAAUAAAUUUAUAAAAUUGAGGUGAACCGAA